UCGACUGACUCAGGAAAUUUCAACCUUCCCUCCAGAACCACAUGUAAACAUAAUACUCAUAAACUAAGACAUGUUAAUCCUAUCAUAUGUCUAGAUUUUUCUGGUUCUUUUUUUUCCUCCAUGGCUAACAGAAGCCUUCUUUCCUCCAAAAUCCUCUUGAUCGUUUUGGUUUGCUUUUGUCCCACCUUUUCUUUAGCAGCAGACACACUCUACCAAGGUGGAGAUGCCCUCAAUUCUUCAAGUAGACUUGUCUCCAAAAAUAGGCUCUUCACCUUAGGAUUCGUAAGACUUGGCUCUACUGAGUACAAUGCUAGCUACUUGGGAAUAUGGUACCAAAAUGAUACAAGCCACCCCAUCUGGAUAGCUAAUAGAGACAAACCUAUAGCAGAUGAUUCGGGAGUUCUUGAAAUAGAUGGAGAUUCAGGAACCAUGACAGUUGCAUACUCAGGUGGGAACCUUGUUGAUUUUUACUCAACUCAAUCUCCCACCACAAAGUUAACAGCUACGUUAGAAGAUUCAGGUAAUUUUGUUCUGAAAGAUGCAAAUUCUCGCAGCGAUCAGAUUUUAUGGCAAAGCUUUGAUGAUCCUACCGACACAUUCAUGCCUGGAAUGAAGUUAGGAAUCAACCAUAAAACUGGUAAAGUCCGGUCCCUUACAUCAUGGAUGAGUGACUCAGUCCCAGCUUCGGGUGCUUUCACAUUUGAGUGGGAGCCCAAAAGACAGGAAUUAGUUAUUAAGCGACGAACUGAGAUUUAUUGGACUAGUGGACCAUUGAGGAGCAAUGGCAGCUUUGAAACUUUUCGGCCCAAUCCCGGACUCGACUAUACUUUUCUUAUUGUUUCAAACAUUGAUGAGGAAUACUUUAUGUUCACGGUGGCAAGAAACAAAUUAACUCCUCCGGAGACGGGAUUUUCAAAGUGGCUGCUGCAAUUUGGUGGGGGGCUAGAAGAGCAAAGCAAUGAACAAAUUUCUGGAGGCAACCUUUGUAAUGGAAACAACAUAGAAAUGGGAUGUGUGAAAUGGGAUUCAGAACCUACAUGCCGUAGUAGGGACAGAUAUGAGUUGAGAGCAUGUGACUUUUUGGUAGAGGGAGGUCAUGCAGUUUAUGAUAAUAAUGCUAGUCUCAGCAUUAGUGAUUGCAGGGAAAUCUGCUGGAAAGACUGUACGUGUGCAGGCAUUAAUAUUAGAGGCAGUAAUGCCAACAAUACUGGAUGCACAUUUUGGUAUGGAAACUUUACGGCAGACCUGAGUGCCAGUUCGAUUCAAUACUUUGUAAUUGUGCAAGACACACAACCAGCUGCAAUGAAAUCAGGGGAAAGGAUCUGGAUAUGGAUUGUAGUUUCUGUGGCAUUUGUUCUAUUAGUGACACUAGCAGGUAUCUUGUGGUACAGGAGAAGGCAAAGACUCAGAGAGAAGUAUCUGGAUGAAUUAAUGACAUUGGAUGCGAUGAAUGACACGCAUGAGCUCGAAAGUGAUGGAAACAAGGGACAUAAUUUGAAAGUAUAUAGUGUUGCAACAAUCAUGGCCGCGACAAAUUCUUUCUCAGCAAAGAAUAAACUUGGACAGGGUGGUUUUGGACCUGUUUACAAGGGGAAAUUGCCAGAUGGUCGAGAAGUAGCCGUAAAAAGACUAUCAAGAACUUCAAGACAAGGUCUUGUGGAAUUUAAAAAUGAACUUAUACUCAUAGCUAAUCUGCAACAUUCGAAUCUUGUCAAGCUCCUAGGCUGCUGCGUUGAAGGGGAAGAGAAAAUGUUAGUGUACGAGUACAUGCCUAAUAAAAGUUUGGAUUCAUUUAUCUUUGAUCAAUCAAGGAGAGAGCUGUUAGACUGGAAGAAACGUUUUAAAAUCAUUGAAGAGAUAGCUCAAGGUCUCCUAUACCUUCAUAAGUACUCAAGAUUAAAGAUAAUUCAUAGGGAUUUGAAGGCCAGUAACAUACUACUAAAUGAAGAUCUUAGCCCCAAAAUUUCAGACUUCGGUAUGGCAAGAAUUUUCAAGAUUAAUGAAUUGGAAGCAAACACAAACCGCAUCGUUGGAACUUAUGGCUAUAUGUCCCCUGAGUAUGCCAUGGAAGGCGUUUUCUCUGUGAAAUCUGAUGCCUACAGCUUUGGAGUUUUGGUGUUGGAAAUUGUGAGCGGUAGGAAAAAUCGUGGCCUUCUUCAAAUGGAUCCCCCUCUCAACCUUGUGGGAUAUGCAUGGGAGCUAUGGAAAGAAGGUAACCAAUUUGAGCUAGUGGAUUCAACAUUGAGGGAUUCUUGCUCUGAAGACCAAGUGUUGAGAUGCAUUCAUGUGGGCUUGCUAUGCGUAGAAGAUAAUGUGAACGAUAGGCCUACUAUGUCAGAUGUUCUAUCGAUGUUAACUAGUGAUGCACAAUUACCAUUGCUCAAACAGCCAGCAUUUUCAUGCGCAACAUAUAGUACGGACAAUCAAUCGAAUUCAAGCCAUGCAGAGGGCAAGGAAGAGGGCAAGGCAGAGGACAAGGCAGAAGGGAAUUCCAUAAAUUACGUAUCUAUGUCGACUAUGGAAGCACGAUAGAGGUAAAGAUUUUAUCAAGUGAGAGUACUGAAAUACUCACUUGUACAGAGUAGAUAAGAGAAGAUUCUUCUUGGUCUUAGCACCAGAGAAUUUUUUCGUACCAGCAAAUUCAACUUUUUUGACAUUUUUGUUUAAAGGAACUAAGCAUUUCAGCCCACUGUAUACUUCUUGAAACUAAAAACAAGGCUGGGAGGACAACGUUCUUUAUUCUUUAAUUAUUACAAAGCUACUUCAGAA